AAUCGAGCAGCGUGAAACUUUUUUCAAUAAAAUUCAGCGAAAUUUCUUCAACGAAAUUCACGAGGAAAAGCCUUCAGAUUUGCUAAAUGGAUACCUCCGGCUCGAAAAACGGCAUCAAUGGAAGCCCAAGUCGUCUCAGCCAAUUCAAGGAUGUACCACAAGCCGGUUUUGUGGAUUCCGAUUGUCCUUCUUACAUAUCCGAAAGUGAUCCGGAGCCAUCUAACAACGAAGAAAGUGACGCUGAAACGAAAAAUCUUUCAUUUUCAUUCAAAACUGACUUCAAUUCGGAUGAAAUUGAACCAAACCCCAACUUUACCUUCGCCUCAUCCGGCAAAUCUGCGUUCUUUGAUCCCACAAUGAUGAUUGAAGAUGCUUCAGAUGCCGAUAUUUCUGAUAUUUCAUGUGUUUCGGGCUAUCAUUCGUAUCCAGUAGAUGAUUUCAAAGCCGCAAGUCCUGCAAAAAUCGAAGAAAAAUGUGAAAAUAAGACAAAAACUAUUGUUAAUACUUACUAUGAAACUCCAAUUGACCAAAAAGAGCUCAUUCGUAUUGAUCAAAAAAUAAAAUGUAUGAGCUCCGUGGAUGAAAUUGCCAAAAUGAUCGAAAAUCCGGAUGAGUCACAGACAUUUCAUGACUUGUUCGAGUACUUAAGAUGGAGUAUGGCUGAAGCGGGUGUCAUUUCGCAAAGGAGGGUGUUGUCAAUCGGGGCCAAAGAGGAAGAAAUUGACGUGAAAAUAGCUGAAAAUGAUCAAAAUGAGGAUUGUGAUGAAGAUCAAGUCAUGACAGAUGUCAGUUUAUCCGAAUCUUAUUGCUUAACUGAACCUGAAGUCCCUCCUGAGCAAGUUUUGAUUCCAAUUUCCGUUCAAAAGUCGUUUGAUUUUGGUCUCAAGCCCGUUAUUGAGAGCCCUUCUUAUGAAAAAAUGGAUCGCCCGUUACUUUUGCCUCCAAUUUUGCCUUCGUCACCAUCUCCAAAGCCAAAUUCUGAUGAGCUUCCAAAGAUUUCUGAAGAAAAAAACGAAUCAAUUGCUGGAAAAAUUGAAAAAGAAAUUUUACAACUCAUGGAAUCGCUCGUGAAUGGCGAUCCGCUCUCAAUAAACGUUCGUUAUCGCAACGACUGGGACAAUUGCGUCUUAACUCCCGCCAAUACGAUCGCUUUGAAGCCUCACAACGAAGCUGAAUACAAAAAAAUUGACUUUUUUCAUCAGGGAUCCGAGAAAUAUUUCACUGUCUUCAUUUAUUUGCUGUCCCAAAUCUACAAUCUCUUGAUGACGAACACGACAAGCACGAAACGGGAGCUCUACUAUCGCGACGUCGAGUUGACCGAAAGUCAAAGACUGACUGAUGCCGUUUUAAAUGAUAUUUCCUGCCUUUUGGAUGAACCGCUGUGGAAAUUGGGAGUCCUAAGCUCUUCUAAAGGACUCAUCGUUGGCGAUUUAGUGAUUUCCAUGUCGAAUGGGACGCUUGUUGAUUGUCGCUCGGACCAAGGAACGAUCGUGCCUGCGGAUAUUUCGUCAAUUUCGGGCGUUGAGUCGUCUGCGAAGUACAUUUUGAUUGUCGAAAAGGAUACUGUCUUCAAAAAAUUGCUGGAUGACGACAUUUUUGGUCGAAUUAGUACGAAAUUGAUUCUUGUAACGGGAAAAGGUUAUCCUGACGUCAAUACGCGUCACAUAGUCAAAUAUCUCAUCGAUACCCUGCACAUCCCGGCGUAUAUUUUAGUCGAUGCCGACCCUCAUGGCAUCGAAAUUAUGUUUACUUACCGUUUUGGGUCACUUGCGUUGGCUCAUCUUGAUCAACUAGCAGCUCCAAGCAUCCAAUGGAUCGGCUUGAGACCCUCUGACAUCGUAGAAUUGCAAAUUCCAUCACUUUCGUUGACAUACGAGGACAUCAAGAAGCUCGAUGAGAUGCUGGAACGUCCUUACAUCACCGAAGAUCUUCGUUCGCAACUCACUGAGAUGCGAAAAACCAAGAAAAAAGCUGAAAUUGAAGCACUUUCGACAUUUUCCUCAACUUUUUUGCUGGAUCAGUAUUUGCCAUCAGCGAUUGGCACGAAUUAUCUCCGUAAAAAUUGUUAAAAAUUUCGAAUUUUUGUUAGAAUUUCAAUAGAAACGUUU